AUGUUCAGACUAGUUCAGCAUACUCAGGUCCUGAAGUCCAGGGUUCCAAAUCAUUUGGCAUCUGCCUCAAAAAGAAACUCGUUCAAGUUUAACAGUACUGUUACGCGCGAAAGACCAACGUCGCCGGACCCGGCACCACCUCUGGAGGGAACUCUGGCUGGAUCAAAGCAAGGGAGUGGAAAUAUAUGUGAAAAACAGGAGCUAAAUGCUGGCCAAGUAUUGGGAAUUCAUAAAAACGUAAAACUAAAUGACAAAAAAUUUAAUUCAGGCCAAAACUCCCCUUGGAAACACAAGAGAAAUGCCUUUAAUGAAUACGUUAAUAACACGUUCGAUUCAAACAACAGACGGUUCUCAGGAGAUCUCACUCCAGUUAGAGCUUCGCUUUUCUGGGAUUCUAUUACCAAGGCGGUAACUCUGUAUAAAGAGCUUUCCGCAGUCUCGGGGCUGGAUGCCUUACAGGUUGGAAGGUUUGUUUCUAUGCUACAUACUGGAUUACGUGUGAACCGUGACAAACUUAUACGUUUAAAUGCGAAACCUGAUUAUGAUGCGAAUUCGUUUUAUUCUGAGAUGACUACUUUUCUAUGUGAAUCAUUGAGAUCUGUGAAACAGGAUAUCCUUUCACAGAAGGUCGAAGUUUCUGAUCAUGGUGCUUUCCAUCUAUUGCAGAGUUUUAAAGAGUUGCUUUUAGAACGCGAAGCCUAUGAUACUUGGCUAGCUGCGAUCAAUUCGGGAGUUGAUUCCCUUUCUACACCUUUUAUGAGCGCGACAUCGUUGGGGAGUGUAUUGCCAUUACUACAGAACUACGGUCAUACAUUUGAACAGAUCUGCUCUCUUUACGACCGCGCACGUAUACCAAAAAAGGGUGCUCUGUCCCAUCUUCUUGCUCUUGGGUUCAUAAGGGCCGCUCUAGAAGCAGGCGAAAAUGCUAAAGCAUUAGAGGUGUUCCAGGAACUAUGUGAAAACAGCAAGCAAGGUGUUAGUAGAUCAAUUCUCACUGGAGUACACGUAGCUUUUAUAGGCGACUGCAAAGACUUAAUGAUUGCCACGACUUUUUUUGAACGGUCUACAGCAGGCGAUGUACCUUAUAAGAUAAACGUUCCAGUUUCCGCCGUCAAGAAACUAAUUAACAGAACCUGGAAUGAAAGGAAGGAUUUCAAAGCUGUUUAUGAUUUAUGGAUUAAGGCACUUCUUUAUUAUGGGGACUCAAUAUCUGCAGGUGUUUGCUGUUCCUUGAACUCGGAACUUUUCACUAUUUUCUUUGAGCACCAUAUGGAGGAGAAAAUAAAAGGUGCUAACCACUUGAGAAAGAUCAUUGAUAGUUAUAGCAAGAUUAGACCAAUUGAUGAGACAUUCUUGAACGUUAUUUUAACUAAAUGUGCUGUUUGGAAAGACCGUCAAAUAAUUACCUCGAUCGAAGAGUCGUAUGAUCAUUAUGGUGUAACCAAGACUAUUGUUACAUAUAGGAUAUUGUUGAAAGCUUUAGGUUCUAUCAAUGCCUCAACUGAAGAGAUCUAUGGAAGGUGGAUCGCUUUACUAAAAAAGACUGACAAAAGCAAGUAUUCAUAUAUUGCCAAUGCCGACUGGGCUGCGUUGCGUGAUGCCACUUUGAGUUGUUUUCGCAUUUUGAAAACCGAUUUAGCCAAGGAAUCUGUUAAAAUUGAUAACUACAAUCCUGCUUUGGAAGCUGCCAAUGCUUCUGGUGCAUUUGAUGAUGAUAUCCUUACCACCAAUUCGACAUCGUCUGACGCAAAUUUAGUUAUCUCCGAUGAAAGACUGGAAGAGAUGGUAGUUUUUUACUAUUCUGUUGCAACGGUUUUUCGCAAGUAUUGUCGAGAUAAUGAACAGUACGUUCGCUACACUAAUGGAAUUACCGAAUUUAUUCCUGAGGUUCUUCCAUAUCUGGCCAAAAAUACAAAAAAAAUACAAUCGGCUCAGUUUACUGUGCCUGAAUUCAGGUAUAUUCGGGUUAACAUUUAA